ACAGUUUCCUAAGAUAUUCUACAACGCAAAAAACUCUAAUAAAAAGAGUGAGAAGAUACAAUCUUAGGAUGCUAAAGAGAGACACUAAAAUAGUUUGCGCGUGACUAAAGUCACCAAAUGAGAAAAGUUUUUUGGGCGGGUUUGUUUCAAAUUCGAAUUAAGUGAGGUUAUGUAAGGGUGUUUGUAUGUAUUUGAGAAGUUAAAAAAAUUAAUGAGUGAAUUUCUCGUGAUACAAGUUGGUCAAUGUGGCAACCAAAUCGGCAGUUUUCUCCUACCUGAAAUUCUCCAAGAGUAUGAUAUAAAAAUAACUAAUGACUCUCCAGCGAAAUCUAAACGCAAUAAAGCGGAAUUACAGCAAUUCAUGUCGAGUUUUUUUAAUAUAAGUUCAUCAAGUACUACUUUCGAGACUUUGAGCGAUUUAUUGAGAAGUAAAGCAAAAGCGAGGUUUUUAUGCAUCGAUAUGGAGGAUAGUGUAGUCGCUAGAUUCAAAUCGGGAAAAUUUCGCGAGUUAUUUGAUAGUAAGUCUUUGAUCACACACUAUCCUGGUUCUGGGAAUAACUGGGCAGAGGGCUAUUGUAGCCAUGGYCCUAAAUUUAARCAAAAAAUUCUCAAAGCGAUACAAUACAACGUYGAGAAAUGUAAUCAUUUACACGGGUUUUUAGUUUUAUUUUCAAUGGGGGGUGGCACAGGGUCAGGGCUAGGAACAUUCAUAGUAAAACUACUGGCAGAUAAUUUUCCAAACAUAGACAGGUUUGUAGCUUGUGUGUAUCCAACAGGCACAGAAGACGUAAUUACAUGUCCCUAUAACAUGGCUUUUGCCACCCAAGAACUACUAGAAAGUGCCACUUGUGUGUUUCCAGUUGAAAAUAGAGCACUUCUAGACAUUGCUUUGAGACACACAGGGCGAUACAGUGCAAAAAAUAAAACGUAUUUCUCCCCGUCUAGACCAUUUGAAGAUAUGAACAAAAUUAUCGUUGAUAUGAUUUUACAUUUAACGAGUGGUUCAAGAUUUGGAGGAAAAAUGAACAUUGAUAUGAAUGAGAUUAACACAAAUAUGGUACCAUUUCCCAAACUAAAUUUCUUAGCCAGUGGUUAUAGUCCUUUUAAAUUAAAAUUUUUUAACUCAAGCACAAACAGUGAUCAAUUAAAAAACGAACUAUUUUUAUCAUCCUGUAGUAGAAACAAUCAACUGAUAAAAGUCGAUCCUUUUGAUUCCAGAUUUAUGGCGAUGAGUCUAACUUUAUUAGGAAGAGGAAAUUAUUCAAUAAAUGAUAUGAGGGGUUACAUUGAUAAGUUGAAAAGUAAAUUACACUUUGCUUGUUGGUCAAACAAAGCUGUUAAAGUGGGAUUAUGUAAUGUCGCCCCCAAGGGAUUAGAUUUUUCAAUGUUUUCAUUAUGUAACACCUCAUCAACGUCAAACUUAUUUCAAGAGGUUUUAAGCCAAUUUACGAAACUAUACCAAAGAAAAGCCCAUGUUCACCAUUACACUGCUAUAUCUGGGUUUAACUUUGAUCAGUUUAAGGAAUGCCAAAACAGCAUUCAUGAUAUAAUUGAAUUUUAUCAAGAUAUCGGUCAGAGAAGAACCAAGUAGCUUGUUAACUUUUUAAUUAUAAAAUAUAAAACCAAAAAAAGUAUUCACUUAAAUUGUAAAUCACAUGAAAAUACAUCUCAACUACCAUUAUGUGCAAUAAAUGAUCUACACAGA